GUAGGCUACACAUCAAACACAUUAGGAUAUUUGAGGGUGAGUUGGGAAAUAUCACCAGAACAACUACGGUAUAUCCUUACAGAAUAAAGAAGAGGAGGAGGAGAAUAAUAUCUUAUUCCUAGACAACAAACAGCCAAUUUGUAUGUCACAUCUAGGGUUGCUGUCAGUAUCCUGGAGUCCCUUCUCGGAUCAUCUCAUCGUAGGAUUCUAAAGUCCAUGUGACUUUCAACUUUGUUCCUGGUGCUGUAGAGUGUGAUCUGGCUCCUUCUUGCCCCGACUGGAGAGCUAUUUCUGUGCGCUACCAAAUGUCAACGGAAAACCUUUCAGUUUUUUUUUUUUCGCUAGUGUGCUAAAAAAACUGAUACACUCCUGAACCACUGUUCAGAGAAGCAGGUGAAUUUUGCCAACCAUGUCACUGGGUGAAUGGGUGUCACAGCUCUCCGACCCUCUGGGCCUUUGUUACUAGUCCCCCUGGGGAUUGCUGAUCUGCAACGUUAAUGUUGAAUGUGCUGUGUUUCAAGGUGUUAAGGAAAAUGCAGAGACGGCACAGCAGCAACACUGAUAGCCUUCCUCCGGAAAGAAGCCGGAGUCAGACAGUCAGUUCUGAGACCAGCGUGGAUGAAGGUGGAGUUUUCGAAGGUUUGAAGGCUGAAACUCCCUCACCCCAGCAGCUUUUCUCAGGGCUGGCAGGCAUCCCAUCUGGUACCAUCCCAACUACCCCAUUCCAGUCAGGAUUGGUCCUGGGUUCCUCAGCAGGAGGCGGGGAUGUGUUCAUUCAGAUGCCAGCCCCAAGGGAAGAAGGGGCCAGCCGAACAGAAGGAGCUCCAUUCCACCAUCGGCAGCAGCCCCAUCACUAUCACCAUGGCCACCAUCGGGGAUCCUCUCUGCUGCACAUGGCUAGUGGAGACCGCCACGGACACGCAGAAGACAAUCCUGAGGACCAGCCUGGGACUCCUGCGCCUGCCCUGUCGGAGCUGAAGGCUGUGAUUUGCUGGCUCCAGAAGGGGCUUCCCUUCAUCCUGAUACUCCUGGCUAAAGUUUGUUUCCAGCAUAAGCUUGGGAUUGCUGUGUGCAUUGGUAUGGCCAGCACAUUUGCAUAUGCUAACUCAACUCUCCGAGAACAGGUCUCUUUGAAGGAGAAGAGGUCGGUGCUGAUUGUCUUCUGGAUCCUGGCCUUCCUCCUGGGAAAUACCUUAUACUUGCUUUACACUUUCAGCUCCCAGCAGCUAUAUAACAGCUUGAUAUUUCUGAAACCCAACCUGGAGAGCCUGGAUUUCUUUGACCUGAUGUGGACUGUGGGGAUCACGGACUUCGUUCUGAAGUAUCUCACCAUCUCUUUGAAAUGCCUGGUCGUUGCCCUGCCUAAAAUCAUUCUGGCUGUCAAGUCAAAGGGGAAGUUUUAUUUGGUUAUUGAAGAGCUGAGCCAGCUGUUCCGCUCACUUGUCCCCAUCCAGUUGUGGUACAAAUACAUCAUGGGGGAUGAUCCAUCCAGCAGCUAUUUCCUUGGAGGGAUCCUGAUCAUACUGUAUAGUCUCUGCAAGUCUUUUGAUAUCUGUGGCCGUGUGGGGAGUGUCCGGAAGGCACUGAAGGUCCUUUGCACCCCUCAGACCUAUGGAGUCCAUGCAACCAGCCAGCAGUGCAGUGAGGCUGGAGACAUCUGUGCUAUUUGCCAAGUGGAGUUCAGGGAACCUUUGAUCCUUGUGUGCCAGCAUGUGUUUUGUGAAGAGUGCCUCUGCCUGUGGUUUGACAGGGAGAAGACCUGUCCUCUUUGUCGAUCCAUUGCAGUGGAGACUCUGCGCUGUUGGAAAGAUGGUACUACCUCAGCUCACUUCCAGGUUUAUUAAGCCCAACACAUACCAGGAUCAGGAUGACAUGUGAGCAGACAGAAGAAAAAGCUGGGAAACUCCUUGUUUCCAAGUAUUUAGUGGGUUGUUGUCUCGGUCUUUCACACAGCUCUCUCUCUCCAUCCAAGCGGGGGAGCAGGUUGGCAUAUUGUUACGUCUCUAGCAGGGAUCAGAGUCCAUUAGCAUGAAGAGUCUUCUAAGGAAAGGGAAGGGGGGUGGGUUUUCCACUCUUCUGAGUCAGAAUCCAUCCCUUCCACUCUUCACUGCUAACUUGGGGCCAAGGUCAUUGCUUGAACUUGCUGUCUACAGGACAAAUUACCCCAGGCAGGUUCCUCUUUGUCUAUUCUCUCGGUGUACAUAAAUGUCAUGUUUGUAGGGAAAACAUGAUGAGAGUUUCCCAUUGUAAGUGUGUAGUUCGUAAUAGUAGAGGAAAGCUUUCCUCAACUGACUCGUGAGAGGACAGCAGACUGGAGUUAUGUCAUUAAACCAGCCUCCUGGCUCCCCAGAAUCUGUCAUAAAGUUACAUUGCCACUAUUAUAUUACCUGGGGAAACACGUCAGAGUCACUGCUUCAGUACCACUGGUUCAGAGGUUCAUUUAGGGUUUUGGGAGAGGUCGGUGGCCGAUAAACCUGUUGUUGUCAUUGAUACCAUAAAACACAUGGGUUGCCAUCUUGAUCUUUAUGAAACCUCAAGAGAAAUAGGAGAAGAACAUAUUAAAGAGACCAAGAGGGGGUGGCAUUUUCUCAGUUUUGAAAUGUUUCAUCUUUAAUGUUCAUGGUUGGAUUACCUGCUUCCUCUGCAAGUGGGAGAGCAUGGAGAGGUGGGAAGAGAUUAAAGCCGGGUCUGAAUUUUAUUAGAAAAGUUCAGGUGCUAAUUGAAGGCCAUGUAAAGAGAUGGUUUUCUCAAAUCCAGCCCACAAACUGUAUAGAGUCAUUAAAAAAAAAAAAAAGGCACCUCAUGUUCUUUUCUGGGGAUUUGGCUUUAUUAAAAAAACAAAAUGGAAAUCCAAUAACCUAUAAUUUAGCUCAAAACUUUCUUCCUAGGCUUGGCUGUUCCGAAGGCUCCUCUCUCAGUGCUGCUCAGCCCAGACCUUAGAUCCUUUCUCUGUAGGGAGUCAGCAGAAUCCACCUCACUGUUUCCUAGCAGGAUUGAUGCCUGCUAACAGGGUGGAGUGUUGCAUGCAGAUGCUACCAGUGUGAUACAGACAUAAAGAAUUUGGAUUUUUUCGAGCUUCAUUUGAGAUGUCCAAAGACGAUUUUAUAGCUCAUCUUAAGAUUUCUCCUGGAUCUAGAGUAUGUAUCUGGAUGUGGCCAGCCUGCAUGCAAACAAACAGACAAUAUUUCAAAAUCCCCUAUCAUGGUGACAACUCCUCUAAUAAAAGUGCUUGGUGGCCCCCUCCUGCUAUGAGGAUUGUGUGAAAUAGAUGCAGGCUGCAUUUUACUUGAGAGGUUGUAUUUUAUGAGGACCUUGCAGUCAGGUUCCACCAUCCAGGGUAGACUGGGACAAACUUUCUCUAUUGAUAAACCCCAUCUCGCCUAAACAAGCAAAUGCCUCAGCUUCAGAAAAUGCUUUUCAAGGACAGUGGCUUGUACCCUUAAUAGGCAAAUGAACAGACUAGAUGCUGGAGUAGCAUGAGUCUGUAUUCAGCUGUCACAGUGUCUGUCGAGGAUCUUCUGCUGGCACUAGGAUGCAAAUGGAUUUGAUGUUUGUUCACUGUCUCUCGAGCUGGAGCUUUCUCUUUCACUAGACGAUUUACUUUUUGUUGAACGCAUGGAGAAAUGCGUUUCAGCAUUGCUUCAUUAAGCAAUCAUGGCAUCUUCCGUGCUCAUUACUAUGGAAAUGGCCGUAAGGUUACAAUCCCACUUGACUGGAUAAUCAAGCAGGAAGAAAUGUACCUCAGGGAAACAGGGCUGCAUGUAUGUAUUGGUUGCUUUCCUCCCCUCCUACUGUAAAGCCUCCUUGGGGAAAAAAUUAAAGCAAACAGGAGCUAAUGGCAACUGGGUUGUGUCUUAACUUUCCUUGGAAAAAAUAGGACAAAAGAGAAAUGAUGGAGGCAGAAUCUGAAUCAAACCUGAAUUAAGAGAGAGAGAGGAUGAAGGGAGUGGAGAAGAGGCUUUGCUCCACAAAAUGAGGUGAGGUGCCUUUGUUAAAAGCCUCUUUAGAAAGGCAUGGACUAAGCCAGACAUUCCUCUGGUUGUCUCCAAAGGAAAGGUCUCUUAGAUUCUGCAGGAGAGAUUUCCAAGUGGCAUAAAAUUUCCCCCCCGACUAUUGUCUUCCAGCUGUGAACAUGAGAGAGUGAAUUAGCAUCUUAAUAGUAACUUGCCAGGAUUAAAACACUCCAGAAAAACAUAAGGCAAGGCUUGGUACUACUACUCAUUGUGAGGAAUCUCUCUGUUUAGUUGAGGCUUUCAGUAGAAUUGUACACCUGCCAAAACACUCUCAUUUGUUGGGAGAUAUGAGCACCUUUUCUCCAUCUUUAUGCCACCUCAAAGUGCCCUAUGGACUCGUGUUUCUCCCCUCUGUUAUAAGCCUGUAUUCUAGCUUCAGAGACAUGUGCAUGGUUCUCCUGUGUUCUGUUUCAGUACAUUAGGCCGUCCUAUGUAAUCAGACCGGUCUGAGUGAGCAAGCCAUGCUAAGCUUCCAGUGUCUCUGUCAUUACAGAAACACAUGAAGGUUUUGGUUUGACACUCCUGGAGACUGAAGGCCUCCAUUUUGCUACAGAGCAGGCACAGCACUAACAGCAGCAGAGUAACUUUCUCCAUGCUGAUGCCUUUCAAUGAACCUCAGUCCUGUCUAGAGGGGAGAGACUAGCUCAGUCGUCUUGGACCUUCCUCCUCUCUCUUGAGAUUUAGUGCUACACACAGUGGUGCUUUUGUACUGUGGGCACUUGUUCCACGUGAAGGGCAGAGGUCAGCUCAGUUCACAUAGGCCACCAAACAGUUGAGAGUCAUAAAUACUUUUUUUGUCAUUAUCAACGUGUGCUGGGCAAUACAGAGGUAACAGGCUUUACAGUCCAUUAGCAAUUCCUUGAGCCAUCCUGUCUUGUAUUAGGUGUGGUAAUUCUUCUGUGGCCUAAACAUGGGGCAAAAGAGUCUUAGCCUCUUCUCAGAAGGUAACACAGGGCCGGCUCCUGCUGUAGUGAAAGUCAAUGGCAAAACUUCUAUUGACUUCAGUGGGAGCAGGAGCCGAGUUGGGGAAAGAAUUCAUAGUAAAUGAUCUUCUCUAUUUUGGAGAGGAAAUAAAAAGUAAGACCUUUUUUCCCAGUGAACAAUUGAUUUUUUUUAAUAAAGUCAUUACAAAUAUGUACAAAGAAUCUCCAGCAUAUGAAAUUCCUUUUACAAAAGAGGGAAAGAAGCCAUGUCCAUCUAUACACAAGAGCCAUAACUAGCUCAUUGUAUCUGAAGUAAGCACAUGCCUUGCCUUAGCUUUGGUGUGGGAAGGAACUUGCACAGUUACUCUGUAGGGUCUUUCCUGUACCCAGUAGAUUUGAUGCAUUUCACGUUUUUUAACCUGUUAGCAGAGUGUGACUGGUAGCAAACUGGAAAAUUCUCAAAUGUAUUCGCUCUUUGAAAUUAUGGGCGAAUUUCUUCAGCAAAUAAAUUGUGUUCUUCAGAUUGA